GUGCGUUUUACUCGGCGUUUAUCAAUCUCAGACGCCGGCUGUGGUCUUUUUUUAGUUAAUAUUUAACUCUUUAGUCGAUGUUUGUUGCCACAAUGCUAGUGACAGAAGCAGCAACCUCAAUGGGUGUGUCGUGUUAGCAAGCUAACUUGGCUAACAGACAUAUCAGCAAACAAGCACGAGGAGGAAAGUUUAAGCUAGCUCACAGGUGUUACGGUUUAAUGAGUGACCGUGUAAACCGGCGAGUUUCAAGCGAACUCGUUUGCAGUUGAAUACCGGACAGGAACGUUGGGCUGUGAGAGUCGCAAGUUAACACGGCAACUCUACAGAGCCUAUAACCAAUCAUGGCGGAUGAAGAUUUCCACUGUGGAGAUUCUGGGGCUUCCUUCACAUACCCCAUGCAAUGCUCUGCCUUAAGGAAGAACGGCCAUGUUAUGCUGAAAGGACGCCCAUGCAAGAUCAUUGAAAUGUCUACAUCCAAGACUGGCAAGCAUGGACAUGCCAAGGUUCACCUUGUAGGACUAGACUUGUUCACUCAGAAGAAGUUUGAAGAUAUCUGCCCUUCUACCCAUAACAUGGAGGUUCCAAAUACAACAAGGAAAGACUAUCAGGUGUGUAAUGUAGACUGUGAUGGAUUCUUGAGUCUGAUGAAUGAUAAUGGAGAUACCCGAGAGGACCUUAAAGUACCAGACAACAACCUGGGUGAAGAAAUCAGGAAGAAAUUUGAUGAUGGUGAAAAUUUUCUGGUCACUGUGUUGAAAGCUUUAAAUGAAGAGUGUGUGGUGGGCAUCAAGACCCUGACUUAAUAAGUCCAGGACAGCAUCGAAAGCCUCGCCAAAGCUCAAGGCCUUCACCCCACAUCUCCACCUUAUCCCUGCUGGUCAACUAAAAUCUGGAAACCUGACUGAAUCAGCUUCUUCUACUGAACCUUAGGCUCAGGGCCAAAUGGUAAUUUCUUCAUCCCAGUACAAGCCAUCAAAACAUCACCACUCGGAAUGGUUACUGAUAUUCCAGGAAUUCCUAAAAUAUUCCAGCUUAUUAAUAACAUUUUUAGAAUGUUAAAAUGCAUUUUUCUGUGCAUUUUAACUACAGGUUCACUGCAAGAGUUCCACUGAAUCUUAGCCUGGUUGCAGUAAAAUGUUCUUCUUGUAGCAGAAACGACUGUCAGCCGUUCUGAGGAAGAACAGGCCUGGGCAGGGGUGACUGGGUGGGGCCGUUUUCUCCUCUUUGCUGUCAAACCUUUUCUUUCUUUCACGUGAGGCCUUCAUGAGCUCGAUAGAAUAUAGAAAACAACUUCAAAAACACAAAUAGCCUUAAACAUUUUUUUAGAAGCUUCAUUUUAAAAGUUCAUAAGAAAGAAGGAUGCAAAAAUUUCAUCACUGAAUUCUUAGCAUGCAGUGGUGGAAAAAGUCUUCUAAGGUGUUGCCACAUGUAGGUGGCAUUUUUUUGCGGUUAUCCAGGUCUUGUGGUUUGAGACAUUGGUAACACAACAGGGAAGGUAGCUGUAAAACAAAGAGGUGAACAGUGCAGCUUGAUUGGAUGUGUAAGAGUUUAGUGCAGUUUGCACUCAUUAAAUCAUGCUGAGUGAUUUUAGUUAUUUACAGUUGCCUAUUAAACUUUCAUACACAGAUGUAAGUGCAGUAGGGUUGACCGCUUCAAUUCAACUGUUCGAUUGUUUGGUAGAAAAGUUUUUGUCCGAACAAGAUCACUCUGGUUGGUGAGUCGCCCCCGCCCCCCCAAGACGCUGGUCAUAGUGUGCAGCUGGCUGGUAGAGAGACGUGCUGCAGGGGACGAGGGGCAAUGCAGCUCUAGGAGUUACAGGUAGAGAGGCACACAAAGCUAGCAGAGUGGGAUAUUUUCUGAUAUUCACGAACGCUCAGAAACAACACAUCAACUCAUCACAAAGUUACAGGCUGUAUUGAAGUGGCGCCCCUGAGUGUCUCUGCUCUGCCCUCCCUCACUGCAUCAACUCUCGUCUCCCGCGGUCGGUUUAAUUCACCUGUCCUGAAAUAGGCUGCAUAGUAUCAUCUCCUUUUAUAAUCUCCUUUAAGUGUUCACGUUAGCGUUGGCUUCUCUUACAGACAGCAGAGGUGACAAAGCGAGUGUCUGCUGGUGUCCCGACGAGCCAACUUUUUUUCUGCUCACCUCCGUAAAUAAACGCUGCAUACUGUCUGCUUUAUGCUCAUAAAUGACACGAUGCGGACUGGGUCAUGUGAUCCUGUUAUUAGGUACCAUUAUAAAUGAAUAAAAAUCAAUGAUUUGAUGUUAUUUUGUAGGCUGUAUGAGUUUAAAGAGAUACCGCACCGGGAUAACGGAGAUCAAAGGCAGGUGUGUGCUGAUCAUCUCUCAGUGAAUUAUAUUUUUAGUAAGACACGAUGAGCCUAAAAGAUAUAUUAAUGUUUCAAAAGGCUUGUUGCAUUCAUUUCAGGAUCAUUUAGAGUACCAAGCAGGUGUAGCAAGGAACCUGUAUGGAUUAAACAGGUCCCUAAU